GUCACAUCCGCUUUUGACUCAUUGAAUACGGUUCUAACGAAACGGAGGCGAGUAGCAGUGUUUCGCUUCACUUGAUAACAUUAUUAGCUAACUAAAUAAACCAGUUAAUUAUCUAUCAUUUAAGUUUCUAUCGACGAGAAAUGAGCGACAACGAAAAGGAUUUUGGCGAGCGGGUUGAGUUGGGAAGAAGCAAAAUGGCGGAAGAAGUUUCAGAUAUGAAGUUUGAAGUUGUUAAAGGGCAUAUUUGAUGAAGCUGAUGGUGUUGAUGCAUGCUAAUGUAAAAUGAAGCUGGCAGAAGCGAGCGGCCACGCUGUCCACUGGUAGAGUGAUGUAAUGGCAGAAAUCAAAUGGGAGGAAGGAAGUGGGGGAAGAGGAGAGAAAAAUGAAGUCAGAAAUGGUGUGAAACGGAAGAAAGAAGAAAAGAGAUGGUUGUUUUGAAGUUAUGAAGUUAAAGAAGUGAUGAAGUUAUGAGAAGUGUUCGGGGGUAUGGUUAAUUCCCUAUAGCCUGCUAUGUUAUUACUACAAUCCUAUUUCUCUCUCCCUCUCCUUCUGUUUUCUAAAGCAGUGUUUCCCAAGCCAUUCCUCAAGGACCCCCAGUCAUUACACCUGUUUGUUCUCUUCCACCACUGGUACACCUGAUUCAACAAAAUCUCAAGCUCUUUCUCAAAUUGAAUCAGGUGUACUAAAACGGAAAUGUGCAACAGUGGGGUCCCCCUGAGGGAUGGCGUGAGAAACACUUCUUAAGCAUGCAUGCCAACUGUUCCUCCAUCUCAGACACAUUACCUAGUCCUCAACACGCAAGGUUAAACUCUGCUACGCUGCCUAGAGUGUAAGAGAACAAUCCGCUCAUCAUAGACCUGUGUUAAGAUUAACUAGAUUAACACAUACUUUAAGCCUAUAUGAUUUCCUUUGGUCGCCUGUAACAGGCAGAUCUAGUUACAACAAAUACCUGUUGUUAAUGAAAUGCUAUGAUUUUUUUUCUCAAACUACUGGAGCUGAAAUAUAAGAGGGGCCUGUAGCAGGUUUGAGCGAGGUUCCUUCUGUACCUCCUCUCUCUCUAUCCUGACUGUUUCUGUUUUUGAUUCUGACCUGUAUUUAUGUGUAUCUGGCCCGAUCAGGAUUCGCGGUCCGCUUCCAGGAGUGUGAGCCCAAGGGGUUCUGGGAAGUCUGCCAGCCGUUCCCCGGCCCAUUCCCCAGCCCGCUCCAAAGAUGGCUCCAGACACUCCAGGUCUAAGUCCCACUCCCGAUCCCGCUCUAAGUCCAGGUCUCGUUCCCAUAGGAGCUCCCGCAGGCAUUAUUCCCGCUCUCGCUCCCGUUCCCACCGCCGCCGUUCCCGUAGCCGUUCCCGAAGCGGGGAAUACCGCCGUCGUCGGAGCCACAGCCACUCCCCCAUGUCCAACCGCCGCAGGCACAUUGGCAACCGGGCCAACCCGGACCCGAACUGCUGCCUCGGUGUGUUUGGUCUGAGCCUGUACACCACAGAGAGAGACCUGAGAGACGUGUUCUCCAAGUACGGCCCCCUGGCUGACGUCAGCAUCGUCUACGACCAGCAGUCACGACGCUCCCGCGGCUUCGCCUUCGUCUACUUCGAAGUCCGAGAGGACGCCAAUGAGGCUAAGGAGAGAGCUAACGGAAUGGAGUUGGAUGGACGGAGGAUCAGGGUCGAUUUCUCCAUCACUAAACGACCACACACUCCCACUCCUGGGAUAUACAUGGGACGGCCCACAUAUGGUGGCGGCGGCGGCAGCAGCAGCAGCGGAGGCGGUGGAGGAGGCGGUGGAGGAGGAGGAAGUGGCGGCCCCAGCUCAAGCUCAUCUCGCCGUAGCUCGAAGGAUUACGACCGCGGCGGUGACCGUGGUUACGACAGAGGCUACGACCGUGGCUACGAUCGCUAUGACGACCGAGAGUGCUACAGGUCCUACAGACGCAGGUCUCCGUCCCCGUACUACAGCCGAGGGGCCUACCGGUCUCGCUCCCGCUCGCGGUCUUACUCCCCACGCCACUACUGAGCAGAGGGAGAAGAGGAGCAAGAUUAUACUUUUUGUGGGGUUGGGGCCAGGGGGUGGAUGUGGAGUUUAGGGCCAGG